UCCAGCGUCACGGCAUAUACACAAUAUGAUGCUUAUUGUUCUUGCCUUAUUGGCCACUGGGGUCACCGCCGCCCCUCAGAGAUACUCAGCCCCAGCGGCGCCUACUCGCUACGAUGACUCUCGCGAGGUUGUGCCUAUUUUGAAGGACGACCGUGUCCACGAAGAGGAUGGCAGAUACAAUCUUGAAGUAGAAACAGGCAAUGGCAUCAGCUUGUCUCAGUCUGGGUCCCCCAGCGGUCCCGACGGUUCCGUGGUCAAGGCUGGUCAAUACUCAUACACUGCUCCUGACGGCACUUCUGUCGUAGUGAAAUUCGUAGCGGAUGAGAACGGCUACCAACCCGAGUCUAACCAUCUGCCUGUGGCUCCUGUCUUCCCUCACCCAAUUCCUCAGUUUGUGCUGGACCAGAUCGCCUUCGCUGCUGAAGAAGACGCUGCUCGUGCCCGCUCAGAAUCUAGAGGACCUUCUGGUAGUUACUCAGCUCCUCAGUAGUGUUAAUGAUAAAGUUUCGAC